GAAGAAGAGGCACACAAGAGGAAAGCAAGUCACUGAACAAUAACUAAAUUUGAAAAAAAAGAAGAAAGAAAAGUCAAGAGAAAAUCGUCAACAUUUUGCAAAUCAUAAGUUAUAUUUUAUACAAUAAGAAAGUUUACUAAUAGAAUAAGUGAAAAAAUAUUAUAACAGAAAUUUUAUAAAUAUAUAAAACUACAACAACAGUUACGUUAAGUGCUUCUUACCGCUAAGCCAUGGAAGACGGUCAUGCUAAAACCGUCGAACAAGUAUUACAACACUUUGGUACAGAUGGAGAAAAAGGUCUUACUCUUGACCAAGUAAAAGAUAACCAGAAGAAAUAUGGUCCAAAUGAGUUACCUACUGAAGAAGGCAAGUCUAUUUGGCAGCUCGUAUUAGAACAAUUCGAUGAUUUGUUGGUCAAGAUUUUGCUUUUGGCUGCUAUUAUUUCAUUUGUUUUAGCACUUUUUGAAGAACAUGAAGAUACGUUUACUGCAUUUGUAGAACCUUUAGUCAUUUUACUUAUUUUAAUAGCCAACGCUGUUGUCGGUGUUUGGCAAGAGAGAAAUGCUGAAUCUGCUAUUGAAGCCCUUAAAGAAUAUGAACCUGAAAUGGGAAAAGUUGUCCGUCAGGACAAGUCAGGUAUUCAAAAAAUUAGAGCGAAGGAAAUUGUACCCGGCGAUAUUGUCGAGGUGUCUGUCGGUGAUAAGAUCCCAGCUGACAUUAGACUUACACACAUCUACUCGACCACCUUGCGUAUCGAUCAGUCCAUCUUGACUGGUGAAUCGGUGUCUGUGAUCAAGCACACUGACGCCAUUCCCGAUCCACGCGCCGUCAAUCAAGACAAAAAGAACAUUUUGUUCUCUGGCACCAAUGUUGCCGCCGGUAAGGCUCGUGGUGUUGUUUGCGGCACUGGCCUCAACACUGCCAUCGGUAAGAUUAGAACCGAAAUGUCCGAAACUGAGGAAAUCAAGACUCCAUUGCAACAGAAAUUGGACGAAUUUGGUGAACAAUUGUCCAAGGUCAUCUCUGUUAUUUGCGUUGCCGUAUGGGCUAUUAAUAUUGGUCACUUCAACGAUCCCGCCCAUGGUGGUUCCUGGAUUAAGGGUGCCAUUUACUAUUUCAAGAUCGCCGUAGCUUUGGCUGUCGCUGCCAUCCCAGAAGGUUUGCCAGCUGUCAUCACCACCUGUUUGGCUUUGGGUACUCGUCGUAUGGCCAAGAAGAACGCUAUUGUCCGCUCUCUGCCCUCCGUCGAAACCUUGGGUUGCACCUCUGUCAUCUGCUCAGAUAAGACCGGUACCUUGACCACCAACCAAAUGUCCGUCUCUCGUAUGUUCGUCUUCGACAAGGUUGAAGGCAAUGACAGCAGCUUCUUGGAAUUCGAAUUGACUGGCUCCACCUACGAGCCAAUUGGCGAACUUUUCCUUAAUGGCCAACGUGUCAAGGCCUCCGAAUACGAUGCAUUGCAAGAAGUUUCCACCAUCUGCAUCAUGUGCAACGACUCCGCCAUUGAUUACAAUGAAUUCAAACAGUGCUUCGAGAAGGUCGGUGAAGCUACCGAAACUGCCCUCAUUGUGUUGGCUGAAAAAAUGAACCCCUUCGGUGUCAACAAGGCCGGUUUGGAUCGUCGUUCUGCCGCCAUUGCUGUCCGCCAAGAAAUCGAAACCAAGUGGAAGAAGGAAUUCACUUUGGAAUUCUCUCGCGAUCGUAAAUCCAUGUCUUCAUACUGUGUACCCCUCAAGGCAUCUCGCCUCGGAACCGGACCUAAAUUGUUCGUUAAGGGCGCUCCCGAAGGUGUUUUGGACCGUUGCACACACGCUCGCGUUGGUACCUCCAAGGUUCCACUUACUAGCGCCUUGAAGGCCAAGAUCUUGUCUUUGACUGCUCAAUACGGUACUGGCAGAGAUACAUUGCGUUGCUUGGCUUUGGCUGUCGCUGAUAGCCCAAUGCGCCCCGAUGAAAUGGACUUGGGUGAUUCCACUAAGUUCUACCUCUAUGAAGUCAACCUAACCUUUGUCGGUGUCGUCGGUAUGUUGGAUCCCCCACGUAAAGAAGUUUUCGAUUCGAUUGUCCGCUGCCGUGCUGCUGGUAUCCGCGUCAUUGUCAUCACCGGUGACAACAAGGCUACCGCUGAAGCUAUUUGCCGUCGUAUCGGCGUUUUUGGUGAAGAUGAAGAUACUACCAACAAGUCCUACUCUGGCCGCGAAUUCGACGAUUUGUCCCCCGCUGAACAAAAGGCUGCCUGUGCUCGUGCUCGUUUGUUCUCCCGCGUAGAACCCCAACACAAGUCAAAGAUUGUUGAGUACUUGCAAAGCAUGAACGAAAUCUCCGCUAUGACUGGUGAUGGUGUCAAUGACGCCCCUGCCUUGAAGAAGGCCGAAAUUGGUAUUGCUAUGGGCUCUGGUACCGCUGUCGCUAAGUCUGCCGCCGAGAUGGUGUUGGCCGAUGAUAACUUCUCUUCCAUUGUGUCUGCUGUUGAAGAAGGUCGUGCCAUCUACAACAACAUGAAACAGUUUAUCCGCUAUUUGAUCUCAUCCAACAUUGGUGAAGUCGUCUCCAUUUUCUUGACUGCUGCUCUUGGUCUUCCCGAAGCCUUGAUUCCCGUACAAUUGUUGUGGGUCAACUUGGUUACUGAUGGUCUUCCAGCUACUGCCCUCGGUUUCAAUCCUCCCGAUUUGGACAUCAUGGAAAAACCACCACGUAAGGCUGAUGAAGGUUUGAUUUCCGGAUGGUUGUUCUUCCGUUAUAUGGCUAUUGGUGGUUAUGUAGGCGCUGCUACCGUCGGUUCCGCUGCCUGGUGGUUCUUGUUUGCUGAAUCUGGCCCUCAUCUAAACUACUGGCAACUCACUCAUCAUUUGUCCUGCUUGGGUGGUGGUGAUGACUUCAAGGGUGUCGACUGCAAGAUCUUCAGCGAUCCCCAUGCCAUGACCAUGGCUCUUUCCGUAUUGGUCACCAUUGAAAUGUUGAACGCCAUGAACAGUUUGUCUGAAAAUCAAUCUUUGAUUUCCAUGCCCCCAUGGUCCAACAUGUGGUUGAUUGGUUCAAUGGCAUUGUCAUUCUCAUUGCACUUUGUCAUUCUCCAUGUUGAAGUACUUUCUACCGUGUUCCAAGUGACACCAUUGGGUACUGAUGAAUGGCUAACUGUGAUGAAAUUCUCAAUUCCCGUAGUUUUAUUAGAUGAAACACUUAAAUUUGUUGCUAGAAAGAUCGCUGACGUUAACCCCGACUUCCAUUAACGAUAUAAGGCACAUAAACAACCCAACCCCGAUGUAUUUCAUAAAACCAAAAAUUUAAAUUAUAUUUUUUCUAAGAUGCUAGCUGCUUAAGUAAUAAAACAGAUACCAAAAAGGCAACGGAAAAACACGAAAAAAAAACAUGUCAUUUCAUUUUACAAAUUCGCAAAAUACAAUAACAAUUCGAUUAUAUAUUAAAAUAUACAUACAUACAAAAUACUCACAUACAUACAUAUAUAAUAUAUUAUAAGAAAAUAUGUACUAGCGUUAAUUACUCUUGGUGGUAUAUUUGCAAGAGUUGCAAACAUUCUAUAUUAUUUUGCUACAAAGCGUGAGUUUAGUUUUCCGAAUCCGAGUAAGGUUUUGUUUUUAAAAUGAAUUCACAAAUUUUCGUGAUCGAUAUAAAUUCCGAAUGCUUCUUAGAUUUCUAGUAAAAACUCGCUCCUUAAAAAUUUCUAUACAUUAUUCGAUAUCGAAUAAUGGUAUCCCAAAAAUAAAAAAAAUCGCACUUUCGAUUAAGUAUUUCUUCGUAAACGAAUACGAGAAUUAAUCAUCAGAUGAUUUAGUCGAUUUACUUUCGAGUAAAAAAUCGAGCGAUUUGUUGUAGAACAUCAAUUACAUAUUCGUUUUGGAAAAUCAUUCGGUUUUGAAAUAAUUUAUUUUGGCGGCAAAACAAUUAGCUGUUUUAGUCUUGCAUGUAUGCUAGACCCCCAAGGGGGUUACUCCCUAAUUCGAAUUUCGAAUUACAAUGUAUUUUACCACACAUUUUCGAACAUUUUCGUUUUCGGAUUGAGUUUCAUAUAAUUUUCAUGCUGUGACCUAGCAAACUGUAGUAUUUUUGAUAGACUUCCAAGGUUUGCAUGCUUUGCAAAGGUAGUUUUGUACGAAGAAGUUAGUCUGUAAAUCGAAUAGUUUUUCAAAUGACAAUUAAAAAUUCUAAUAUGAAUGAAACUAAAUCGAAUAUAAAGGGUAAUAUUAUCAGCCCAAUUAUAAAUAAAAAUUCCCCGGGAGUUUUUCCCCUUUUCUCAUUUUUCCUACUCAAAUUCAAUGGGAAAAAACUCCCGGGGAACAAACUCCCGCGGAAUUUUUUAUUCAUAAUUGGGCUGAAUAUCAUUUUAAGUGCAGUAAUUUGUAACUAAAAUUAAAAUAGUAUAAAUAGCAGACAAAGCAAGAGAUACCUAUGGGGGCUACUCCCUAAUUCGAUUCGAAAGGAAAUCGUUUCGAAUUACAAUGUAUUUAGUACACAAUUUCGAACAUUUUCAUUUUAGAAUUGAGUUACGCAGUAACCCCCCCCCACAAAUUUAAUUGAAGGCGUGGCAAUUUAUAGUGUUAAAUCUAAAUAAAUAAAAAUCAUGCAUCUUGUAAAAUUUGCCAUUACUAUAUAUACUACUACAUCCAUCCGUACAUUAUUAUCAUCCUACUAUUAUUAUACAUAGAAAAGGUAACAACAUAAAUAUGUA